AUGUCAGGCCGUGGUAAAGGAGGGAAAGUGAAGUCAAAGGCAAAAUCUCGUUCUAACCGUGCUGGUUUGCAAUUCCCAGUCGGGCGUAUUCAUCGUUUGUUACGUAAAGGAAACUAUGCUGAACGAGUUGGUGCUGGUGCUCCAGUAUACCUAGCUGCUGUUAUGGAAUAUUUGGCUGCAGAAGUUCUCGAGUUAGCUGGUAAUGCUGCUCGUGACAACAAAAAGACCAGAAUUAUUCCACGUCAUUUACAAUUGGCCAUCCGUAAUGACGAAGAGUUAAAUAAGCUUUUAUCUGGUGUUACAAUCGCUCAAGGUGGUGUUUUACCAAACAUUCAAGCUGUUUUGUUGCCAAAGAAAACCGAAAAGAAGGCAUAA